AUGAUGAAAACAGAGUCUUCAGGAGAAAGAUCAACCCUCCGAAGUGCCUCUCCUCACAGGAAUGCUUACAGAACUGAGUUCCAGGCGCUGAAAAGCACCUUUGACAAACCGAAAUCAGAUGGAGACCAAAAAACGAAAGAGGAAGGAGAGGCCUCGCAGAGCAGGGGAAGGAAAUAUGGCUCAAAUGUCAAUAGGAUUAAGAACUUAUUUAUGCAGAUGGGCAUGGAGCCCACUGAAAGUGCUGGAGUUACCCUUAAGACCAGAGGGAAGGGUGGCCCUCCAUCACCUCAAAGACGAAUUAGGCCCAAAGAGUUUGUGGAAAAAGCAGAUGGUUCAAUUGUAAAAUUGGAAUCAUCCGUCUCAGAAAGGAUUAGUAGAUUUGAUACUAUCCAUGAUGGUCCUUCCUAUUCCAAGUUUACUGAAACUCGGAAGUUGUUUGAGCGAAACGCUCAUGAAAUGGGACAUUCGAAUCGCUAUUCUCCAAAGAAAGAGAAAGUCGUUUCCAAUGAACUUCCGGAUGAAUGGUGCAGCUCUAAGUCUCACAGAGGUAGCACUGAUUCACUGGACAGUCUUAGCCCAAGGACAGAGACUGUCUCUCCAACUGUGAGUCAGCUCAGCGCAGUUUUUGAAAACACUGACACACACAACGUAAUCGUUGUAGAAAAGUCGGAGAACAAUGAAGAGUACUCUGUAACUGGUCACUAUCCACUAAACCUCUCCUCUCCUGUCACAAAUAUUUCCUCCCCAGUUGCAAACCUUGAGGGUUUCAGCCCUUUGAAAGAUACCAGCGCGUGGUCUCCGCCAGCCAAACAGAGUACAGGCUUGGUGUCCCCCGAGAACUCUCAGCAGAACAGCACACCUUCAGCACUGAGACAGAAGACGUCCACAGGCACUUCGGCAGGUUCAAGAACAACUGAAGAAGUAAAGAAGAGUACAGAGGCAAGUGCUGAUUCUGUUGAGAGCUCUGCGGCGAGUCAACAGGAGUCGGUCAGCGUGCUUGACAGUGAAAGAUCUGUGGACAGCUGUACUAGGAGUAAGUCAAAAACAGAGACGGAAGUUUUGUUGCAACAAAAGGAGAGGUCAGAGUAUGCAGAGGGUAUCUUUGAUAGACCCGAAGCUUCAGAAGUACCAAGAAAUGCAGCUUCAGGUGGUGACUUUGCCACAGAUGCUGUUUCAGACGCUACCGAAUCCCGUUAUGAUGAGGCGAGUGAAAAAGAAGUGCAUGAAGAUGUGAAUAAUUUUCAGAGUUCCCACGUGUACAUGCACUCUGACUACAAUGUGUAUCGGGUACGAUCGAGAUAUAAUUCUGACUGGGGAGAGACAGGUACAGAACAGGAUGAUCAGGAUGACAGCGAUGAAGAUAACUGUUAUGAACCUGAUAUGGAAUAUUCUGAAAUUAAUGGAUUGCCAGAUGAAGAUGAAAUCCCAGCCAACAGAAAAAUACAGUUUAGCCGUGCUCCAAUUAAGGUUUUCAAUACAUAUUCCAAUGAAGACUAUGACAGGAGAAAUGAUGAAGUAGACCCAGUGGCUGCAUCAGCUGAAUAUGAACUUGAGAAGCGUGUGGAAAAGCUGGAGCUCUUCCCGGUUGAACUAGAAAAAGAUGAAGAUGGACUUGGCAUAAGCAUUAUUGGAAUGGGAGUCGGAGCAGAUGCAGGCCUUGAAAAACUGGGAAUAUUUGUCAAAACAGUAACAGAAGGUGGGGCAGCAGAAAGAGAUGGCAGGAUCCAGGUGAAUGACCAAAUUGUGGAAGUUGAUGGCAUCAGUCUGGUGGGUGUUACACAAAAUUUUGCUGCAACUGUUCUUAGAAACACCAAAGGAAAAGUCAGGUUUGUAAUUGGACGAGAAAAACCGGGACAAGUGAGUGAGGUUGCACAGCUGAUUAGCCAAACUCUAGAACAAGAACGCCGCCAGAGAGAGCUGCUGGAGCAGCAUUAUGCACAGUAUGAUGCAGAUGAUGAUGAGACAGGGGAAUAUGCUACAGAUGAAGAAGAUGAAGACAUGGGACCUGUCCUUCCAGGAGGUGACAUGGCUAUUGAAGUGUUCGAUCUCCCUGAAAAUGAUGACAUGUUCUCUCCCAGUGAUGUGGACACCGGCAAGCUUGCUCACAAAUUCAAAGAGUUGCAAAUCAAACAUGCAGUUACAGAAGCUGAAAUUCAGAAGCUGAAGACGAAGCUGCAGGCUGCUGAGAAUGAGAAGGUGAGGUGGGAAUUGGAGAAGACCCAACUCCAGCAGAACAUUGAGGAGAAUAAGGAAAGGAUGAUGAAAUUAGAGAGUUAUUGGAUUGAGGCCCAAACCCUGUGUCACACGGUGAAUGAGCACCUCAAGGAGACGCAAAGCCAGUAUCAGGCUCUGGAGAAGAAAUAUAACAAGGCAAAGAAAUUAAUCAAGGAUUUUCAGCAAAAAGAACUUGACUUUAUCAAACGCCAGGAAGCUGAACGAAAGAAAAUAGAAGAUUUGGAGAAAGCACACCUGGUAGAGGUUCAAGGCUUACAAGCUCGUAUACGAGACUUGGAAGCAGAAGUUUUCAGGCUAAUGAAGCAAAAUGGGAGCCAGGUUAACAAUAACAACAACAUUUUUGAAAGGCAGACAUCUUUUGGAGAAGUUUCUAGAGGAGAUGCAGUGGAAAACCUAGAUACUAAGCAAGUGUCCUGCCUGGAUGGCCUAAGUCAAGAUUUCAAUGAAGCAGUGCCAGAAACGGAGAGACUGGAUUCCAAAGCUCUGAAGACUCGAGCUCAGCUUUCAGUGAAGAACAAGCGGCAGAGGCCUUCUAGAACAAGGCUGUAUGAUAGCAUCAGCUCAACUGAUGGAGAGGACAGCCUGGAACGAAAGCCGUCAAACAGUUACAGUAGUCCCAUGCACAUUUCAAAAUCACCACUGCCCUUAUGCAUGAGAGCAUCCUCACCAGCAUCAGAUUCUGGUGCUUCCUCCCUUUCCCCUGUGGCUAGCAGUGCAGCAAUCUCACUUGACAACCUAACUGAACACCAAGAAGAAGGACAGCAGCACAGAGGAGGUGCCCUUUCCCCGCACGCUCGGGGAGACACUCCAGUUUCCUCUCCUUCAAAAUCUGGGCACAGCUCUGAAGCAUCUCCUUUGCAUCACCCAGCUGGCAGGAAUAUAUUACAGGAAAAAGAUGGUGCCACAUGUGCUCAGGCAGCAAGAACAACUAGCCCUGCUAUAGGGCAUACAGAAAAACUAAAGCGAAAACUUGCAGAUCUUGGGGCUCCCUUGAGAAGGAGUUCAAACAAGGGCAAGAAGCGGAAAGAGAAAGACGCUAUUAGGGUGACCUAUGGCAGUAGGACUGCCAGAGAGAUGCUGCAGAAAUCAGCAAACACUAAAUCUUUAGCAGAGCGAUCCUCCUCUCUCCCACACUGUGUACCAUUCACAUGGUAUGGAGAGAGUGGCAAGGGAUCCAAUUCUUCUAGCAACCUGCCAUCGCCUACCAGCUCCACUGAACCUUCCUCUGAAAAUAUAAGUCCAGCUAAAAAAGGGUCAAAGAAUUUCACGUUCAAUGAUGAUUUCAGUCCCAGCAGCACAAGUUCAGCUGAUUUGAGCGGUUUAGGAGCAGAACCUAAAACCCCAGGUUUCUCGCACUCCUUAGCACUGUCGUCAGAUGAGAUCCUUGACGAUGGACAGUCUCCGAAGCACAGUCAGUGUCAGAGUCGUGCUGUUCAGGAGUGGAGCGUGCAGCAGGUUUCCCACUGGUUAAUGAGCCUGAACCUUGAACAGUAUGUUUCCGAAUUCAGUGCCCAAAACAUUAACGGGGAGCAUCUUCUUCAGCUGGAUGGGAGUAAGCUCAAGGCUCUUGGUAUAACAUCCUCCCAGGACAGAGCAAUCAUUAAAAAAAAGCUAAAGGAAAUGAAAGCAUCCCUGGAGAAAGCUCGCAAAGCUCAAGAGAAAAUGGAAAAGCAAAGGGAAAAGCUUCGGAAGAAGGAACAAGAGCAACUGCAGAGGAAAUCGAAGAAAACAGACAAGACUUCAUCAGAUGCAACAGAGGGCGCUAAUGAGCAGUGA